AUGGCACCUCUAGUUUCUAAGCAAUGCCCCAACUCCACCACCCCUUCCACUUUUUUAUCAAAGCAGAUUCUUUCAACUCUCUCCCAAAGUCUAGGACUUUUGGUGCUCAUACUUGUAACAUCCCUUGAAGCCUUGUUUCUGCUCCAAAAAAGACCACCCAUUUUUCACUUCAUUAACCUCUCUUGCUAUACCAUCGUCUUCAUCCUCAAGCCUUACCUCUCCAAAAAGACUCAUAAAGUCUACUUGGUAGACUUCUCAUGUCUAAAACCACCAAGCUCCUGCAAAGUCCCCUUCUCCAAAUUCCUCAAGAACUCCUCCAUGAUUGAAGGUUUCGACAGUGAAAGCAUAUCUUUCAUGGCCAACAUCCUCACUUCUUCGGGCCAAAGCCAAGAGACCUAUCUCCCUCCAGCUUUACACCACAUUCCUCCCAAAACCCACCAACAUGAAUACAUCAAAGAAGUUCACAUGGUCCUUUUCCCCAUCAUGGAUGACCUUUUGGCCAAAACCAAACUCUCCCCUCAAGACAUUGACAUCCUAAUAGUAAAUUGUAGCGGUUUCAAUCCCUCUCCUUCUCUAGCCUCCAUUGUCAUUAACCACUACUCCAUGAGAACUGACAUCAAGAGCUUCAACCUCUCAGGAAUGGGAUGCAGCGCAGGCGCUCUGAGCAUUGAUCUGGCUCAAAAUCUCCUCCAAAUUCACAGGAACUCAUACGCCGUUGUUCUCAGCACAGAGAUUUUAUCGACAGGUUGGUAUGCCGGCCAUGAAAAACCCAAGUUGAUCCUCAACUGCCUCUUCAGAAUGGGCAGCGCAGCCAUUUUGCUCACAAACAAAAACCAAACAUCCAAAUCUCCAAAGUACGAACUGUUCAAAACACUCAGAACCCAGAAAGCCUGCGACGACAGAGCUUACCUCUCCACCAUUCGAGAAGAAGACUCCGACGGAAAACUCGGCGUCACCAUCAAACGUGAUCUACUACAAGUCGCCGGCGAGACGCUCCGAGAAAACGUCACCGUUUUGGGGUCGUCAAUCCUUCCAUUAUCUGAGAAAUUCUGGCACGGUGUUUCGAUAAUCAGGAAGAGAUUCUUAAACAAGUCUGAGGAGAUUUACGUUCCGAAUUUCAAGAGAGUGAUAGAGCAUUUUUGUCUGCCGGCGUCGGGGAGACCGGUGAUAAGGGAAAUCGGGAAAGGUUUGAAGCUUGGAGAUAGGGAAAUGGAGGCUGCUGUGAUGACGUUGCACAGGUUUGGGAACCAGUCGUCUUCUUCGUUGUGGUAUGAAUUGGCGUACUUGGAGGGAAAAGAGAGGGUGAAGAAAGGUGACAAGGUUUGGCAGCUUGGGAUGGGGACUGGGCCGAAGUGCACUAGUUUGGUUUGGAAGUGUAUAAGGCCCAUUGAGGGUGAGUCCAAGAAAGGCCCGUGGGCCGAUUGCAUCCAUCAGUAUCCAUUUGAAGCCCACGGUGAAGGAGCUAAUUAG